GGUGAGACAGGAGUUCCGCAUUCGGAGUCUGUUGUUGUGCUUCUGGUCAGGCGGAUCUCAGCCGCUGAAGAUGAUGGAGCAUUCAGCAUCAGACUCAGAAACUGAAGAUCAUGAUCAGCCUUUACUUCGCCGGAAAGAUACCGGAGACAUUCAGAAAGCUCCUGCUUGCUUUUCCUCGCGUUACGGGUUGGCCUUUUUGUCCUGUUAUGGCUUCUUUGUGGCAUAUGCCCUCAGGGUGAACCUUAGUGUGGCAAUGGUGGACAUGCUGAAAAACAGAUCCAGUGCCAACACCAGUUCCUCCGUCUGUCCUCAUCACAGCAGCCCUGUACCCAAACACAAUCACACCGCCAGUGUGUAUGACUGGGAUUCGGAGACUCAGGGCUGGAUCCUGGGCUCUUUUUUCUAUGGAUAUAUACUUACUCAGAUACCAGGUGGCUACUUGGCACGCAAAUAUGGUGCCAAGUGGCUCUUUGGUUUAGGCAUCCUUUGCACUGUGAUCUUCACCCUGUUGACUCCAGUAGCCGCUGAUCUUGGAGCUGGUUACCUCAUCACUGUCAGGAUUUUGGAAGGUAUUGGGGAGGGAGUGUCAUUUCCUGCUAUGCAUGCAAUGUGGGCGUCAUGGGCACCACCUCUGGAGAGAAGUCGACUGCUCACUAUCUCUUACACAGGUGCUCAGCUGGGAACUGUAGUUGCUCUCCCUCUUUCUGGUCAGAUAUGUUUUUACCUAGACUGGACAUACGUCUUUUAUAUAUUUGGAGCUGUUGGAAUUCUUUGGUUUGUCCUUUGGUCUUGCUUAGUCAGUAACAGUCCCAGUUCACACAAAAGGAUAACAGAGGCUGAGAAGAUGUACAUAAUGGCAUCUUUAAAAAAUGAACUGUCGCCAACCACAGAUUACAUCCCAUGGACAUCAAUCCUCAAGUCUUUGCCAUUAUGGGCCAUAGUUGUGGCACACUUUUCCUACAACUGGACAUUUUACACCCUGCUGACUCUCUUACCCACCUACAUGAAUGAUAUUCUUGGAUUCAGCAUCCAGCAGAAUGGAAUGCUCUCAGCUCUGCCCUACCUUGGUUGUUGGUUGCUGGCUUUGCUGGGUGGACAACUGGCAGACUUCCUGAGAGAGAGAUGUCUCAUUCGCACUGUAAUUGUGCGCAAGGCUUUCACUAUAGUUGGAAUGGUGGGACCAGCCGUCUUCCUGGUGGCUGCUGGCUACACUGGCUGUGACUACUUCUUGGCCAUUGCCUUCCUCACCGUCUCUUCCUCUCUAGGGGGCAUUUCAGCAUCUGGAUUUAACAUCAACCAUUUGGAUAUUGCUCCCUCCUAUGCUGGGAUAUUGCUUGGGAUCACAAACUCAUUUGCCACUAUACCUGGAAUGGUGGGCCCAGUAAUAGCGAGAUCUCUGACCAAAUCUAACACCAUUCCAGAGUGGCAAACUGUCUUCUACAUCUCUGCAGCGAUCAAUAUAUUUGGAGCAGUUUUCUUCACAAUAUUUGGCAAGGGCACAGUCCAGCCUUGGGCUGUCCAGAGAAUAAACAUCCAAUGAAACAUAUCUACCAUUAGCCAUUUCCAAAAGGAGAAAGGGACAUAUCUGUUGUAAAUUCCAUAGAAAUCCUAUAGAUAAUUGCAUAUGAUUUGCAAACUAAUGAAUAUUGCACAAUCCAAUGUUGUUAUUUUUUCAAACAUACCAAUUGGUAAAUCUGUAUUCGUUAACACAUCAGUAGUUUUUAAGAUAAUUUAAGAUAAUUUUCUCUACCCCCCCCAAUGAAAGUAUGAUAAAUGAAAUGGGUGAAGGGAAUAUUACACAUACGUAUCAAUAUGGUACAUUCAGUCAUGAUAAGGAGAAAAGGUUUAAUCACACUACCAUUGUCUAAUUCGUAAACAAAACACUCAUGAGCUGAGCCUGUUUAGUGAAUCAAAUGCCUGUAUGAAUCAGUCAGAGAGGUUCAUUAAAUAAUCUCACUCACAACAUGUCCAACUCAUGAAUUGGUUUGAACUACUCAAAGGGAAAGUUCACCCAAAAAAUAAAUUCUCUCAUUUACUUCAUCCUUAAGUUGAUGGACCCCAUUGACUUACAUAUAUAUAUAUUAAAAAAAUACUAUGGAAGUCAAAGGGGUCCAUCAACUGUUUGGUUUCUGACAUUCUUCAAAAUAUCUUCUUUUGUGUUCAGCAGAAGAAAGAAUUUCCUACAGGUUUGGAACAACUUGAGGGUGAGCAAAUGACAGAAUUUUCAUUUUUGGGUGAACUAUUCCUUUAAGGCUUGUGAGACCCAAUGUAGUUCACUUGUAAGACCUACAUUGAUUUACUUCUGUUCUGCUGAAAACUUAAAUAUCUGUUUGGCAACAGAGCGCUGAAUGCAGCAAAUGCAAUAAGAAUGGCAUUUUCCCCUCAAAUACAUUAAAAUAAUCGUUAAGGAAUGGGAAUCUUUUACGUUGAUCAUCCCUAUGAAAUAUGCCUUAUUGUAGGCCUAUGAUUAGCACAACAUGCCUUAACCAUGCUCAAGGAAUAGGCCAACAAGGGAGAUUUUAUUUUAAUUAAUGUCUGGUUUUAACAUUUUAGUCUUUUUGUACAGUAUACCUGAAUUAUGUUUACAUUUUUAUUUCUUUGUUUUGUGCAAUCGUUAAAACAAAAUGACGUUUGUUGAUCUUUCAACUGUCAAGACACUGCAAUACAUGCUUCAUCACCUGUCAAAUAAGUGUAAAUUUAAUAAAAUUAUUGCAUUCGUUUA